GACCACUCUUGGAAAUAUCUAAUUCUUCUAAGAAACUCGCAUUCUUCUUAUAGAUGCUUCAUAAGUUUUUGAUAUUUAUACUUCUUCAUAAAUUCAAAAACGCUUUUUAUGAUCAAGAAAUAUGGCAAACCGUCCACACGUUCCAAAGUUUGGGGACUGGAACAACCAAGACCAACCAUUCACGGUCGUCUUUGACAACGCAAGGACGAACAAACGACAAGACUUGUACGAAUCUAUUGAGAAACCUGAGACCAAACCUCAAGAACAAGCUCCUCCUCCUCCUCAGCCUGCUCGUAGAAAUCAAAGACCGGAACCCCCAAAACCGGUCAAGGAGGACACGCCGAGAGCACCUCCACCAGCGGAAAAAAACAGAGUCAGAGCUCCACCGGCGGAUCAACUCUACGGAGGCGGGGGCAGUGGAGGCGCAGGCAGGAGUGGAAGUGGAAGCGGAGGUGGAUUAUAUGGAGGUUAUGGAGGCGGAUCAGUCGGGAACCAGCGGCAGCCACCAGCUCCUCGUCCUGUGCAGCCUAGGCAAAAUCUCAGAGGCGGCAACAACGGAAGGGGAGGGACAACGAUACCGCCAUUCCCAGGAUCACUAGGUGCAGGGGAGAACAUGAGUUACACACACAUUUUCGACAAAGUCAAAGAAGAGAGAAACGAAGGUGUCAGACCCUACGGCGGAACAGCCGGAAACACUCCUUCUCGCCCCAUCAACAGUCAACAUGAUCAAUCUCCCAAACAAACCUCCUCCUCGAUCUGCUGCUUCUCAUGGUGCCGCAAGGGAUCUAAAUAUUGAAGACAAUGUACAUAUUUAUGAACUUCUUCUCCUUUUCCCUAUUUCAAUUGUUUCGGAUACAUCUUUUUUUCUAUUGUAACAAAAAAAAAGAGUGAAGUUUUUG